UCUAGAAAGGGGCGAAAUAGCUUCCUGUCUCGGCCGCCAUCGGAGAGCAGCAGCCAUGGCCCUGUGCUACCCCAUGGCCGUCGGCCUCAACAAGGGCCACAAGGUGACGAAGAACGUCAGCAAGCCGAGGCACAGCCGGCGCCGCGGGCGCCUCACCAAGCACACCAAGUUCGUGCGAGACAUGAUCAGGGAGGUGUGCGGCUUCGCCCCGUACGAGCGGCGCGCCAUGGAGCUGCUCAAGGUGUCUAAGGACAAGCGCGUGCUCAAGUUCAUCAAGAAGAGGGUGGGCAUGCACAUCCGCGCCAAGAGGAAGCGGGAGGAGCUGAGCAACGUGCUGGCAGCUAUGAGGAAGGCGGCGGCCAAGAAGGACUGAUGCCCCCUCCCCCAAUAAACGUUGUGCCGCACAAAAAAAAAAAAAAAAAAAAAAAAAGAAAGGGGCGAAAUACCAUUAGUCUGCUGACAUGUAGCCACCAAGAUGACUGAAUGCAGGGUUACGCCGAGUUAGCAAUGCAAUAUAGUAGCAUGGUAGCGUAGUAGUAGCUUAGCUCUAAAGUUCAGGAAGGGAAAACCAACACAUUGCCAAUUCCAAUCAAGAACCCAUGCCAGUGUGAUGGCACAUGCCUGCAAUCCCAGCACUUGGGAGAUGGAGAAUCAGAAAUCCAAGGUAACCCUUGUUCAAGGUCAGAAGGGUCAUAUAAAUGAGAACACUACAAUAAAUGAAAGAGAGGAGGAAAAAAAAAAAGCCAGCAAGAUGGCUCAGCAGGUAAAAGUGGCCUGCCAGGAAGCCUGAAGACCUUGAGUUUGAUCCACCAUGGAACUCCAAUGGUGGAAUAAGAAAAAUAACUCCUGGAAGGUGUUCUCUGACCUCCACACACACAGCACUGCAUGUGUGCUUAUGUGUACAAAGUAAAAGAACUCCAUAUAGAAACUCAAUAGUCUGAAGGUACUAUAAAAAAAAAACCUGAAAAUGCCUACUAAAUAGUAUUUUAAUUACAUUGCCUGAUAACAAACAAAUGAACAGUACCAGAGAAAUAAUAAGGAAAACAAAAGCAGCUCACCAAUCAUAAUAAAUUGUGAAUCUGGAGUAAACGACGCUUCGAGUGUAACAGCUUUGCUGUUAGCAUAACCCUGAAACAAAACAUAGCGCUUCUCAUUACAGGGCCAGUAAUUAAUAAAAACCAACAUGCAAAUCCCUUCUCACCAAAGGCCUUUGAAUGUGCAGUGUCAGUAAGACCAAAUGCAGCCGCUACCCCAAACAAAACACUCCCAUCCCUAACUUUGUAUGAAGGGAGGGAAGGGGAAAAAAGACAACCCACCUGUUUAUUGUUUAUUAAACAAUUAUAUUUAAAAAGCAACAGACUUGGGUCAUUUUGUGAGAAGUGAGUGACUGCAAUCUAAGGAAGUAACGUUCAUGUCCAGGAAGAAUGCAUAAGCCUACACCUCAUCACCGAGUCCGGGAUAACCACUAAUCUCUACCAGCCAUCUGACAGCAUUCCCAGCCCAGGCUUAUGAACAAGGAAACAGCCAUGCUUCGAAGCUGUCAGCUCACCCCAAAUGUGUGCAUCACCACGCCCUUGAAUGCAUCAAUAAGACGAAUGAAGCUGCCAUUGGUGGAGAUGAGGAUGAGUUUGCCAUCAUUGCUGAACUUAAGGCCUGUCCAUUCACAAGUCCGAUCGUACUGCAUCUUAAAGGUUGCAAAUGGUCCCUGCAAAACACAAAAAUAGCAGUCCCCAAGUCCACACAAAUAAAUACUUCUGUCAGAA